GACUACGCCGAGCUCGGGCGGCAGCUGCUGGCCAAGGAGCUCCUCCGCGGGCGUGUCCUCGGGCAGGCGGAGGAGGCGCGCCAUCACAGCACGCUCCUCGGCGGAGAGGGCGCACUGCUCCGCCGCCUCGGGGCCAGCAGCCACGGCAAG